ACGGCGGAUGCUAAAGGAGACAGGCGUCUUUUCUGAGCGCAUGUCAAAAUACUUGUGUAUACACAAAUGCAUAAUUUUACUCUGCGUAACUCUUGAACGAAACCUGCAGUGUGGUACCGGUAAAUCAUUCAGCAAGAUCUAACGUUUCAGCAUGGCCUCCAAAAAGAAGCGAAUGCCCAAUGAUCAAAACGAUAGCUGGGUUGUCGUUACAACAGACUCCGCCAUAGACGUACAGAGCAAGGACAAUGACCCAACUUUUGUGAGACUGAGGAAUCCCUCAACAGAUGCAGCCUCUCUGUACAUGCUGAGUUGUGGCGGUGAUGGCGUACUGCAGCUUUAUGAGGUCAAAGCAUUUGAAGAGGACUUUCGCUCCUGGUUUGUUGGCCAGGUAGUUCAGAGAGAUGGGAGACUUCUGUUCGUCACACCGAUGGAUCCUCUGUAUCUUAUUUUGCCUUAUUUGAUCAAAUCUGGAAAAGAAGGUAAGUUCCAGCCUGUGGAUCAAAUGGUGAUGGAUGAAGACUUUCCUGCAUGUACCAAGCUGCUGAGCUGCACGCGUUCUCUAGCUUUCAUGCAUCACAUUGCAGAUGAAAAAGAGGUGGGAAGCCUCAAGUUUCACCGAUACAGUCGGGAAAAAACGAUGAAUUGGUUAAAGAAAAAGGUGGAAAAAACAAUCCUGGCGUUAAAGAAGAGGAACGUCUCUGUGGGGGAGGGAGUUAAAUCCACCACAUACAUCCAACUCAAGACUGAGUCUGGCUCAAGUGACGAGAACUACCUUCGCUACGCCCACGGCCUCAUAUCAGAGUACCUCAGCAAAGACCUGAGCAAAGACCUCCUCCAUCACCUGCAGUUACCAGAGAUCACAAGUCCAAAGGAGACAGAGCCACCUUCAAAGAAACGUAAACUGUCAGACAAGCCGGUGGAGGCAGGAGAAGACUACACCAAAUUCAACAGUGAAGACUUUGUGCGGAAACCACCAAAAAAGAUGACGGCCGCACAGAAAAGUCUAGCAAAGGUGGACAAGACUGGAAUGAAGACGAUGUCAUCUUUCUUCAGCCCCAAAGUCAAAUCGGAAAAAAAAUGAUUGUCGGUUGCUCUCUUCAUGUUUUGUAAAUGACACUUUUGUAAUAAAGGAAAGAAAUGUUUACCGUCUUUACCUGCAUAGCUGAAGUCAGAGGUUUGUGCACUUCACCCUAUUGUGCACUUUGUUCACGUUUUGCAUAUACAUUGUAACUGCACUGCCAAUCAUCCAUUUUCUAUACUGCUUGUCUUUGCUAGUGUCAUGGAUAGGCUGGAGCCUAUCCCAGCUGUCUUUCGGUGAGAGGCGGGGUACACCCUGGGCUGGUCAGUAUAUGUGGCCAAUCACAGGCCACAUAUACUGUAGACCAGGGGUCACCAACGUGGUGCCCGCAGGCACCAGGUAGCCCCCCACGACCACAUGAGGUGCCCGCAAGCCUGCUUUUCAUUCAGGUUUUCAGUUAAUAAUGAAAGAACAGUAGAAAGAAAUGCAUUCUGAAAUACAAAAUGUGAGUUUUGGACACCAGCAUUUUGUUAAUGUUCUGGUAAAACAAGCAUAUUCGAUUUGUUUGGGUUUAAGAUAAGUUCU